AGAACAGAAGGAAGCGGGUCCUUCAAAACUCCAUGUCCAGCAAGCAGUCUUUCUAAAUUUUCUAUUUUCUAACCUGGGCAGAGUCUACACUUCUCCUCUACUUACUCCGUGGAUCGCACAAGACCUCUAAAUCAUAGAAGAUCCUCCCUCCCUCAACAGGCUAAAUUUCUUUGCUCUCGCUGCCACUCAAGACCAGCUGACUCUUUCCUCCCAAAGUGGAAUCGAUGCAAUCAACGAAAAAAAAAACCCAUCCUACACCUGACUCGGAGUUGGCAUUACCUUUAGCUAAUGUAACUGACCAACAGUAGAGUUAUGGAUAUGACAGCGGACAUACCAAAAUCACUGAACCUGGAGCCAGCCCCAGAUCUCGCGGUGGACUGACUGUGUACAAGCUUGCCAAAGUGACCAUUUCUGGCAUUGGUUCGUGAAAGUCUCCGCAACUCGAUUUUGGAGUUUCCUAUGGAAACAAUUUCUUCAGACGUAUAGAGUACGGGACGGGCAAACGAAUAAUCAAUGAGCCUUCUCUCACACAUGCACAUUACUAUAUUGUCCUUGCAGAGGGACCCGGAUAUCCCUCCCCCCCCCGAAGAACUCUCACAAGGGGUAUUUACUUUAACCCCUCCCCCACUUUGGAGAAGAAAGAUAAUGCCGGUUUGGUUGGAUGCGAGUAGUUCCGAGGACAGAAGCGCUGAAACAUCGCGAACUCGGCAGGGAACAUGGAAGGUUUUCUCACAAGGCUGUCCAGCGUAUCGCCAGAGGGGACUGUUCGUUCGCCCGAAUGAAAACCCUAGCUCCUUUGUUUCGUAACCCUUAGUAAAUGGUUCUAUAAAGGCUUGUCAAAACCUCCUGGAUCUAUGUGGAAGUAUCUCUCUCGACGCUCUCGGUUUUUCUCGAAUGUCAGACUGACUGCUCAUUUAUGUAAUUCUGUCUGGCGCAGCCUCCUCGCCUUUGAUACAAUAUCCGUGUACGUGCGGCGCAGCACUCGCAACCGCACCAUCUCGACGGUAUUUACUUAUCACCCCCCCUUCCCCCCCCCCCCCCCCCGGGGCUCUAAGGACCUGCCUACCCUCCUACAAGGCUUUGAUUGGCGACUCUUAAACAAACAUGCCUGCAACCGCCGGGCUGAACGCCGCCAUCUACAAGGGGACAAGGACACCGGCGUCUCCACGCACUGGCUGCUCUUCAUCGUCGACGGGCCCAGCGAGGCAGAGAAGUUCAUUCUCCAACCGCUUCUUCGAGAUGGAAAAAAAACCUCGACGCCUACAAGCUGCUGAAUCUCUCGGCGAUGGUCCACCCGUGCGACGUGGACGUGGAUACCAUAGAGAUCAGCGCGAUUGCCGCCGUUUGCCAAAACUGCGGCUAUCCCCCCCGGUCAUGGAUACCCUGGGGGGUAUAGCUGUCGGGACUCUGUGCUUGAUCUGCUGAGUGGGUUGGAGGAGAAGAAUAUUAUCGAUGGUAAUGAUGCGGGGUAUAAGAUGAGUAAGGAGGUUGUUGUUAAGAGCAGAGAGGAAGGGUUGGCGUGAAUGGGGCUGCAGGGGGUUUGUGUGUGUGUGUGUUCAAGUGUUCUGAUCAUUGAAAUAUGGUAUGAUAUGUUGUUCUCCUGGUGUUGCUCAUUUUUUAUUAUUCAAAUCCCCCCCCCCCUCUCUCCCUGGUGAAUAUGAGGAUGAAUCUCUCUGACUGGCCACCCAUAACUCCUUGCUCUGAAAUUCAGCCUUGAGUUUGUUUUCUCUGUUCUCUCUCAAUUUGUUAUCACAGAGUCUGUAGUAUUUGAAAUUUUUCUUUAGCUUUUGUCUGUUUGUCACAAGCGUCACUGUUUGAUAUCUUGAGAGAGUAAUGUUAAAAUGGAACAUAAGCACAAGCUUCCCAUGAUUAGGGAUAAGCAAGAGAAUUAAGAGAAAGUACGUAGAAGAAAAAUGAAGAAGUAAAGUAAAG